UUGCUGUAUUCGACUUCGGGGAUCGCAACACCCUGAAUCCUAUAUUACUGAACACGCUGUAAUCGAAGAAAUUGAACAGGGAAAUGAAGAAGCAGAACUAAACGAAGAUGCUGGAUUUUCUGCUGAGUUAGAUAAAUAUUAUGAAACACACCCGGAAACGUUUAAAGGCGAGAAAGAAACCGCGAAAGAGCUUCACAAAAGAAUGGGAGAGGCCGGACCUUCAACAAUAAUUCAGCCUACUAGAGUAAUCGCUCCAGAUGAAUCGCAAACAAUUAAAUUUGUUGAUGCAAUUAUGCGAGCCUUUGAUACUAUUACGGAAGUAAACACGGAUCCAAUACUUCUAUUGAAAGAAGCUAAGGAUAUUCUGGACCAAAUAUUAUCAAAAAUAAAUAUUGUAUGUAUGACAGAUCAACGAUCUACGCCGUUUUUUGCCGCUAUUGCCAGCGUAUCAACAAAACAUUGUAAUGCUUUGUUACAGAGGGGAAUUAGCCCGACAAUUAGCAGUAGGACAAUGAAUGCAGUAUUUGCGCCUGAGGAUUCUUUUAAUCAUUAUGGAGCUGGACGAAGCGAAAUAGUCGUAGAAACGGAUGAAGAUGAUCUGAUUUCUGAUAUUCAAAACCGGGAAAAGAUAAUAAAUGUCUGUCAAAUUGGAGUAUAUUUGGCUAUGUGCAAUUUAAUAUUAGAUAUUAAAAUUAAAAAUAAAAAAGUUGACCAAAAAAUAAAGGAAGAAUUUGUUAAUAAAAUGAAAUCCCUUUCAAAGUAUAACUAUGCCUGGAAUGAAGCCGUCGAAAUUAUACAAGGAAAUGAAUAUGAGCUCAUGGUACGUAGUUUCAUCCGUUUGCCUUUUACUGCACUUUCCGAUAGAAACUGA